GCUUUCUUCCUGCUUCCUCGGUGGUGUGGCCUCCGAGAGAUCUGCCUUCUCUGGACUCAGCAGUUUUUCUAACAGAGAAAGCUCGAAGAGGACGGAUCAAUUCUUAUAUCUGGAAACCAUGGCCCAUGGUUCGAUGACAUUCAGGGAUGUGGCUGUAGACUUCUCACAGGAAGAGUGGGAAUUCCUGAACUCAGCUCAGAGGGCCUUAUAUAGGGAUGUGAUGUGGGAGAAUUACAGCAACUUCAUCUCACUCGCAGGACCUGCCAUUUCUAAACCAGAUGUGAUUGCUUUAUUGGAUGAAGGGAAGGAUCCCUGGAUGGUUGUGAGGGAAGGGACAAGAAGACACUAUCAUGAUUUGGAAUCCAGAAACAGGACCAAUACUUUAUCCCCCAAAAAAGAUAUUUAUGAAAUAUAUUCAUUUCAGUGGGAAAUAAUGGAAAGGAUUAAAAGCUAUAGCCUCCAGCAGUCCAUUCUUAGAAAUGACUGGGAAUGCAAAAACAAGACUGAGGAGCAAAAGGCACCACAAGUGGGAUAUUUGGGGCCAAGGAAAAUUACCUCGGAAAAACUGGCCACUUAUAAAAAACAUAAUUUUCUCGCUGAAUAUCAGAUAGUUCAUAAUGGAGAAAAAUUAUAUGAAUGUAAGGAAUGUAGGAAGACCUUUAUCCGUCGCUCAACACUAAGCCAACACCUCAGGAUUCAUACUGGUGAAAAACCUUAUAAGUGUAAGGAAUGUGGCCAGGCCUUUAGACAGCGGGCUCAUCUUAUUCGUCACCACAAACUCCAUACUGGUGAGAAACCCUACGAAUGUAAGGACUGUGGAAAGGCCUUUACAGUGCUUCAGGAACUUACUCAACAUCAGAGACUUCAUACAGGUGAAAAGCCCUACGAAUGUAAAGAAUGUGGAAAGGCCUUUCGAGUCCAUCAGCAGCUUGCUCGGCACCAGAGAAUUCAUACGGGUGAGAAACCCUAUGAAUGUAAGGCAUGUGGGAAAACCUUCAGGCAGUGUACACACCUUACUCGCCAUCAGAGGCUCCACACAGCUGAGAAACUCUAUGAGUGCAAGGAAUGUGGAAAAGCCUUUGUAUGUGGUCCAGAUCUUCGAGUCCAUCAGAAAAUUCAUUUUGGUGAGAAGCCCUAUGAAUGUAAAGAAUGCGGCAAGGCCUUUAGAAUAUGCCAACAACUUACUGUUCACCAGAGUAUUCACACUGGUGAGAAACCCUAUGAGUGUAAGGAAUGUGGGAAGACUUUUAGAUUAAGACAACAGCUUGUUCGUCAUCAGAGAAUUCAUACCCGUGAGAAACCCUACGAAUGUAUGGAGUGUUGGAAAACCUUUAGUAGCUACUCACAACUUAUUUCACAUCAGAGCAUUCAUAUUGGUGAGAGACCUUUUGAAUGUGAAGAAUGUGGGAAAGCCUUCAGGCUACUCUCCCAGCUUACUCAGCAUCAAAGUAUUCAUACCGGUGAGAAGCCUUACGAAUGUAAGGAAUGUAGGAAACCCUUUAGACUGCUCUCACAGCUUACUCAGCAUCAGAGUAUUCAUACUGGGGAGAAACCUUAUGAAUGUAAGGAAUGUGGUAAGGCUUUUCGACUUUACUCAUUUCUUACCCAACACCAGCGAAUUCAUACUGGUGAAAAACCUUACAAAUGUAAAGAAUGUAAGAAGGCUUUUAGACAACAUUCACAUCUCACUCAACACCAGAAAAUUCAUAAUGGAAAUUAAAAUAAAAGCCCUUCAGUUGUAUGUUACAGAACAUCUGAAAAUUCAUUUUUGAGAAAAUUUGUAUUGUUUUUCACAACUGAGCGUAAGUUGCAUCUUACAAAAAUGUGACUUUGAAUACCUUCCACUGUUUAUGUUCAUUAAAUUUAUAUGAGACUAAUAUAGUGGAUGUGGGAAAUUCUUUAACCUUAUCUGUCAUCAUCUCCAUUUUAUUACCAAGGUACCUAAGCUUCUGUGCCUCAUUUUGAUCUCUUGUAAAAUGGUGAUAUUAAAUGUGUAUAUUAUU